AUGUCAGAUAGAUACCCAAAGAACACAAUGACCCGAAACUCAAAGCCACCAGAUCUUGAACUCUACCUGAAAGGAGUGCCGUUUCAUCUUCACAUAGAAACUUUGGCUAAAAAAUCUGCUAAACUGACAACAUUACUCGAGUGUAACAAGAUUGAUGAACUGCGCUGGAUCCUCAAAGACAUCGACGUGGACCCGACAACCUUCUUCCUUGUGGUUAGCUUCUGCUAUGGCUACAAUAUCCAUUUAUCAUCUGAAAACAUCAUCUCUGUUCUCUGCACUGCUUAUCUCCUAGAGAUGAACGAUGAUCACAGCUCUAGUAACUUGUUGAACAAGGCAGUAACGUUUUUGGAGCAACGAGUUCUUAUAAGCUGGAACGAGACAGUGAAAUCUCUUGCUGUCUGCAGCGAUAAGAUUCUUGACAAGGUAGAUGAUGUUGGACUCACUGAAGUCUUCUUAGAUUCUCUUCUCGAAAAGGCUCUCAAAGAUCCUAGAUUACUCGAAGAUCUGAUUACCUUACCUCUUAGGUUAUACGAACCAUUGAUCCAGGAAUGUAGUAAGCACAGUGUCACGACAGACAACCUCGUGGCAUCGGUCUGCAUUUAUGCGAAAAGAUGGGUUUUCGAGAAAGAUUCAGGAGAUGAAAGCGUUUCAAGAAGCAAGAGACAAGUUCUGGAAGCUGUUGAGAGGCUUUUGUCUCAUCAAAGAGGAGCUGUCUCUAGUAGAUUCUUGUUCAAAUCUCUUAAAGAAUCAAUGUUUCUCGAUGCUUCCUCUGAUUGUCGAAAAGGGUUUGAAGAUAGGAUAAGCAAGCAGCUAGAUAUGGCUACAUCAAAAGAUCUUAUGAUGCUAUUACCAAACAAAGUGGGAGCAUAUGACAUCAACCUCUUGAAAACCCUUCUCAAGAGCUUUUACAGUAACUACAACGUCUCUGACGUUUCAAGGUUUGUUAGUGUAGCAAGAAUGCUUGAAGAGUUUCUAUUGGAUGCUGCAGCGAGUGAUGCUGGUUUAAGUGUGGAAACGUUUAAGGCGUUAGGAGAAAUAACGGUUGCCGCGUCUUGCGAUGUUUUGAGAUACUCUGAUGGAACCUACAGAGCAAUUGAUGUGUUCUUGGAGAGGAGGGAUAGAGAUCUGACUGAAACUGAGAAGAUGGAAGUUUGUAGAGUUCUUGACUGUAAGAAGCUUUCACCAGAGGCUUGUGAACAUGCUUCAAAGAAUGAGAAGCUUCCGUUUAGGAUAGUUCUGCAGGUUUUGUUCUUUGCUCAGAAGCAGAUUCAGGCUAAGGUGGCUAGAGAUAUGAAAAGUGUAGAGGAGAAAGAUGAUGAUGAUGAUGACAUUGAGGAUAUGAAUAAGAAGUUGCUGAGGCUUGACAUUGAAUCUGAUUACAGAGAGAUUGAGAAUCUUGAAUGUGUUGUUCAUCAUUGCUCAAAGAAGAAGGAAGAGAAGAAGAUAAGUGUGUGGAGAGAAGUGAAGAGGAAGUUUGGUUGCAUGACUUCUUUGACUGUGGAUGCUUGUAAUUGUCACAUCAAGAAGAGGAAGAAGACUUAUCAUCAUCACUACUAG